AUGAGUGCACGCACAUUGUCAACACGGCUCUCAAGGGCCAAACUUGUAGCUUCGCCUUUUCGACGACCAGGAAAAAAUCCAGACUUUCGAUUUUCUACUUCGUCAAAAGCCCUCAGCUACGCGGACACUUUGCCGAAUCUUAAGAUUGGAGCUCAUACCAAGGUUCUGUACCAAGGUUUUACUGGGCGUCAGGCGACCGCGAAUGCCAAGGAGUCCUUGGAAUGGGGUACCAAAGUUGUCGGGGGAGUCAAGCCUGGUGUAGAAGGCGAGCAUCUUGGUUUGCCUAUAUUCCCAUCGGUGAGAGCAGCCAAAGAGCAAACAAACCCUGAUGCUUCUGCCAUCUAUGUCCCGGGAAAUCAGACUGCAAAAGCAAUAGAAGAAGCGCUGGAGGCAGAAAUCCCCCUUGUGGUGGCUGUUGCAGAACAUGUCCCCCUCCACGACAUGCUCCGAGUCAGACUCCCAUUCCUUUCAUAUUCACUCCAUGCUCCAAACCCAGUCAAAGACCAGGCUGGGUUCCAGCCUCUGCCUUGUUUCUCGCCUGGUAAAGUAGGCAUCGUAGCCAAGUCGGGGACGCUGAGUUACGAGACGGUCGCUUCGACAACGAGGGCUGGUUUGGGUCAAAGUCUAUGCAUCAGUAUGGGAGGGGAUGUUCUGGCGGGGACGACGUUUGUGGAUGCUUUGAAGAUUUUCGAACAUGAUCCGGACACAGAAGGUAUCAUCAUCGUAGGAGAAGUUGGGGGCACGGCCGAAAUCGACGCGGCCGAAUGGAUCAAGGACUACCGGAGAAGAACUCCGGAUCCGAAACCGAUCAUGGCAUUGGUUGGCGGCUUAGAAGCACCUCCAGGCCGCAUUAUGGGACACGCUGGAGCGUGGGCAGCACCGGGGGAACCUGACGCAAGAGCUAAGUAUAAGGCGCUUGAAGAUGCCGGGGCAGUCAUGGUGAGCCACCCUGAGAAAUUUGGCGAUGGGAUGAAGACGCUCCUGAACGACAGACGAAGCCGUCUCCAGACUGGUACGACAUCGAAAGGGGCAAGCCAGCAGAGGGGUUUCCACACGGUAAGACGCGCUUCUCUCCAGAAGGGGCCCGUCUCUGUAGAUUCAAUGCAGCGUCGCUCCAUCUACAUUAAACAACACCAGGCCUUUGAUAUGCUUGAGGCGAAUUCAGUUGCUACACGCGAGCGCCCAGCUUCUCCUGAUGACUUUUUCCUGUCAAUCUCGGUGGAUAGAACAUCAUUCUCCCCUUGCAUCACUGCUUCUACUUCAGCAGAAGCUCAUGGGCCGACGAGUUCAUCUCAAAAAAUCCCCUUCAACUAUGCAAAUCCGGAAUUUUUGCGGGACGACUCUAUUCAGGUGGCUCUCGCAACCUACCUGGGAUUGUCGGAGGCAAGUCACAAGGAAUUGGGGCGGUUCAUUCAGAAACUGUGGCAUAUUUUCCAGACCAAAGAAGCAUUUCUCCUAGAAACACGAGCUUCUCUCUCGUCCGAAGGAACUAUAGAAGUGCACGGUGCGAGGUUCGGUUUUGACGACGCUGCUUUCAGAAGCUCUGGCCGUCAAGAAGACGUCCAUCGGUUACGGGACACGACGGAAGAAGUUCCAGAGGAGGUUGAAGCGGAAAAGCACGGAAUUAUCUAUGUCAAACUCCAAGGAGAAGGGAGCAUUGGAACCCUUGUCAAUGGUGCCGGUCUUGCCAUGAAUACCGUGGAUGCCCUCACCAUGAAAGGGGGCCACUGUGCCAAUUUCCUCGACACAGGAGGCAAGGCGACUUCGGAGACUGUCAAGGCCUCUUUCCGCAUUGUAUGCUCUGAUCCGCGCGUCAGGGCGAUUUUUGUCAACAUUUUCGGUGGCUUGACGAGAUGCGACAUGAUCGCGGAGGGAAUCAUCAUGGCAUUCCGCGACCUGGAUAUGAAGGUCCCAGUCGUAGUCAGAUUGCGAGGCACGAAUGAAGCAAUUGGUCAGAAGAUGACACUCAUAUGGAACCGCUGCAUCGAUGUAGAUUACCUAGCACAGGUUUUUGACUUAUUUUCCGUACAGCAUUUUGGCAGAUUGUGUAAAGUUGCCAAUCUUUUUGGUAUCCUCGAGAUAAAACAAUUAGAGAUAUUUGCCGAGGCCCUUGCCGCCAGAACGAUAAUGCUCGGCGUGCGCUCGCUACCCACCCGAACCCGUAUCAAUUCCUUCCAUACGGUCCCCACCAUUACACCUGCGACUAGAAUUGUCCCUGAUCGAGAGCUUUGGGUUUCGACUACAAAAGCUCAACGCCCCGCAUUGCGGCGGACCGGGCUGGCCUUGUCGCGGGCUUCAGGCAGGCGGACAUCGUACAGGUUCUACUCAACAGAAGCUACAAGUGCUGCCUCUUCUCAGCCCCCCAAGCCUCCCUCGCGACUCCGGCGUGUGUUGGGAUUCACGUCUCUAGUGGUUAUUGCAUAUCUUGCGGGGUUCGCGGUCUUUCCCUUGAGAACCACUGCUCGAACCAUGGCGGGCGUACCAACCGAUGCGGAGACCCUCCAGCUCUACGAGCCAGUCGACGAGCGCUCUCGUGAGAUCGACAACCAUAUCAAGACACAUCCGCUCGCGGAGAAGUUGCGCGCCGACCCGGCCUACACGGAGUCGCGCCCUCACUUGAAGAUCCCCGAAGAAUUUCGCAGUCGAAACCUCACUGGCGGUACCCUCGCCGGGCCAAACCGGAUUGUCGUCCCACCGUAUGUGUGGUCUCAAAAGUCCGGGAGGGACAUGGUUUCCAUCUUCUACCUGGGCUCUGACGUCUGUGGUCAUCCGGGGAUCGUUCACGGAGGCUUGUUGGCGACCAUCCUCGAUGAGGGGCUGGCCCGAUGCUGUUUCCCCGUGCUGCCCAAUGGGAUUGGCGUCACUGCGAACCUGAAUAUCGACUACAGAAAACCCGUGCCAGCGGAUACAUAUGCCGUCUUGAGGGCCUCGACUGUGAAAGUGGAGGGCCGAAAAGCGUGGGUUGAGGGACGGAUCGAAACCCUUCCUGAGGGCGACGAGGAGCCUGUGGUUCUUGUCGAAGCGAAGGGAUUGUUCGUAGAGCCCAAGUAUGCAAAGGUCAGUAUCGUUGCCCUUGAAGGAUUCGAGUAA